AGAAAUGCGAUGCUCCAGUCCAAGGGUGUCAAGAUGCCCAAAGCAACCAGCACUGGCACCACUAUCGUCGGUGUUGUAUACAAAGAUGGGAUCGUUUUAGGUGCCGAUACUCGUGCUACUGCUGGUCCAAUUGUUGCCGACAAAAACUGUGAAAAGAUUCAUUAUCUGGCUCCCAAUAUGUACUGUUGUGGUGCUGGAACUGCUGCAGACACUGAAUUCACUACUGCGUUGAUUUCCUCUAAACUUGAGUUGCACAGUCUACAGACUGGUCGUGAGCCUCGCGUUGUCACUGCCAUGACCAUGUUGAAGCAAAUGCUCUUCAAAUAUCAAGGCCAUAUUGGAGCUGCUUUGGUUCUUGGUGGAUAUGAUGUCAAUGGACCACAAUUAUACACAAUUGCACCCCAUGGAAGUACCGACAAAUUGCCUUUUGUUACUAUGGGUAGUGGUUCGCUUGCUGCUAUGGCUGUGUUUGAAGCUGGCUGGCGUGCAAACAUGAAUCGAGAAGAAGCCGUUCAAAUCGUGUGUGACGCUAUUGAAGCUGGUAUUUUCAACGAUCUUGGAUCUGGUAGCAACGUGGAUGUCACUGUCAUUACCAAAGGCAGUGUCGAUUACAUGAGAAACUACCGCAGACCCAAUGAUCGUGGAGUUAAAGAACAGAGCUACAAGGUUCGCCCUGGAACGACUGCUACUCUUACUAGUUCAGUGCGCCAUUUUGUUGAUGUGAUUGAGGGCGAUGCCAUGGAUAUCACCGCUUGAUUUUGCAAAUACUGGGAUACUUGGCUACAUCUAUCUUGUGUAGUGCUUUGAUUUUUUUAAAAUACUCAAGAAAUGGAUAUCAAUCCAACUUUAUUACUUUUUU